AUGGCACCAGAAACUGUGUGCAGAAACGCUGCAAUACGGAAACAUGCUUUGUGUGCUGCCAAAGCUGUUAACACACAGACACAAAGGACGCAACAAAGUCACCAAAAUUCACCAAAACCAUAUCUUACUGAGAACACAGAUGGAUAUGGAUUUGGUCUGGCGGUUGGCGACAAAAUCGCGACAAAUAACAACCAAAUUGCUGAAUAUAUUGGUGGUAGGUUGGAUAAAAUAAACGACCAUAUAGUACAACUGUCGGAGAUUGAGAACUAUGACCUGAGAUGUAUGUCGAAAACAUCUAUUAGUGUCAAUCGUCGCUAUAUUCGACGCACAGAGUACCGCAAGCGUAUGUUGUGGAUUGCAAUGCAUCUUCAUUUGGAACUUUGCCAUGUGGCUCGCAAUAUUAACGCUUUAAACGGAGUGAGAAUGACAAUACAGAUGGCAUCUUAUUUUGUUACGUUUACGAAAUAUGUUUUCUUACAAUAUCAUGUACUGGUAUGUUUGAGCCACGAGACUGGAUUAAUAAAAUGGUACUUUCUAAUUUCUAGCAUUUUAUGGACCAUCUUGCUUUUAAUUAAACUCCUAACCAUAAAUCACAUCUGUGAAAGUGUUAGUGCCAAGGCAGAAAGAACCAAAAUUGUAAUUCAUAAAUUGACAAAUCUUAUUCGUUUUGCAGAUGCGUAUGAUGAGAUUUAUCAGUUUGGUCUACAAAUAUCGCUUCAUCCACUGAAGUUUACCGGAUUGGGCUUAUUUUAUUUUGGAUAUACGUUUAUCCGUUCGUUUGCUGUCUGGGUUUUUACUAUUGUUCUUCUACUGGUGCAAGUGGACACUUUUGUAGUAAACACAUUUUCUAAAAUAAAUGUGGAAAUGUGUUUUCAAUAA